AUGAAUGUAGUUAUGAAAACCGAUGACCACAGAACAGUGACGACAGCCGGUACUUUGCCCCAAAGUGGCGCCAUCAGACAUGGGUCAUGGACGGGACGCCAUUGCUGUGAAGCGCGGUCCUUGGCCCCCUCUGUAGUUGUGCCGCUUGUAAAAGCGUGA